AUGAGUUUCGGAUUUGGUGUCGGCGACUUCAUUGCGGUCACCAAGAUCGCCAGCAAGAUCCGAAAGGACUUCGCCGAAGCACCCAGUGAGUGCAAGGCUAUUGUUGACGAAGUUAACAACCUCUCGGUGCUACUGGUACAUGUUGACAUUGACGUAUCCGCUAAAGAACUCAGUACCCAGCAACAAGCUGAACUAGGAGACAUACUGGAAAGCUGUCGUAGGGUCUUAAGCGACCUCGAAAACAUACUCGAUGAAUUUAGAAGCCUGGAGACUGUGGAUAAAACUACCAAAAAGCUAUCUACAUUGAAACGCACAUGGAAACGUUUUAAAUGGGAAACGAAUGAAAUUAAGGACCUCCGACUACGAAUCAUCAGCAAUAUCAGCCUAUUGAAUACCUUCAAUGGACGGAUCAGGGGAGAAAAUAUCAAAAAAAUAGUGCACCAUCAAGAUGAAGAAAAGGAUCGAGCGUUGUUGGAGUGGCUUUCGGCUUUGGACUACGGCAAACGAUAUAGCGACUACAUCUCGCGACGACAAGACGGAACAGGCCAGUGGCUUUUGCAUUCGCCAGAGUUUCAAUCUUGGAGCUCAGGCUCAAAGAAAACAUUAUUCUGCCCAGGGAUCCCCGGGGCUGGGAAAACUAUGUUAGCCUCUAUCGGGAUUGAGGAGCUCUAUAGCCGACGUCAAGACGACAGCAGUAUUGAGAUCGCAUAUCUUUACUGCAACUUUCAGCAGCGCUAUGGGCUAGACAUGAUUCUAUCAAGUCUUUUGAAACAAUUGGCUCGAGCACACCCAAAUCUGCCAAGUAUCUUGUCUGAGAUGUACGAGCAACAUCAACCGAAAGGCACGAGACCAUCGACCGAGAACCUUACCAGGGCACUUCAUUCUAUAGUCAGUCAGACAGGAGGCUUCUCAAAGAUAUUUGUUAUCAUCGAUGCUUUGGACGAAUGUCAGAUCUCAGGUGGACCACUUUCGAACCUUUUAAAUAUAGUCUUUGCCCUUCAGGAAGCCUCUGGUCUGAAUUUCCUAGCAACCUCACGUUUCAUACCUGAUAUCGAAGAAAGGUUCAAAGCAAUGCCGAAGCUAGAGAUUCGGGCUAGUAAAGAAGAUGUUACGAGAUAUCUUCGGGGUAAUUUAUCAAACCUCCCAAAUUUUGUUACGCGGAGUGAGGAUCUACAGGAAGAGAUAUCGGAGAAGAUAACGGCCGCAGUUGAUGGGAUGUUUUUGCUUGCCCAACUUCAUCUAAAUUCCUUGGAGGGCAAACGGUCGCCCAAAGCAAUCCGGUCGGCGUUGAACAACCUCUCCAUCUUAGCGAACUACGAAUCUGCAUAUGAUAGCGCCAUGGAACGAAUCAAGUCGCAAAUACCUGAUCAAAUUGAAUUAGCGAUGGAUGUCCUAGCAUGGAUUACUUGUGCGAAAAGAGCACUCACUACAGUUGAACUUCAGACCGCGCUUGCCGUUGAGAUUGGCAAGUCGGAAUUUGAUGAAGAGAAUAUACCUGAUCUCGCAGACAUGGUUUCAGUUUGCGCUGGUUUGGUGACAGUGGACGAACAAAGCGGCAUCAUUCGGCUGGUUCAUUAUACUACGCAAGAAUACUUCGACCAAAAGCAAGCCAUGUGGUUUCCGAAGGCACACCAUGAUAUUAGUCGAACUUGCGUCUCAUACCUUUUAUUGGAUGGGCUUAACGAUGACCAUUGCAUCAAAGACGAGCAACUUAUAGCACGUAUCCAUGACUAUCCUCUUUACGAAUAUGCUAGUACUUUCUGGGGUAAUCACCUCAAACGAGAACUGGAAGACACCGAGCUUGACAACACAAACAACAACCCAGUUAUGAAAUUGCUAACCCGCACCUCAUUCGUUAACAUGUCUGUGUAA